AGCGUUCCGGGCGGCGCCUGCACACCACAGUUCCGGGAGGGCGGAGGAGAGGGCGUCAGUCAUUGUCAUCAAGUGCACGCAGAGUCCGCUGCCGGAGCCCUGCAAUGUGUGCUGUGCUCCGCCAACCCAAGAGCGUCAAGUUGCGAGCCCUACACAGCGCGUGCAAGUUCGGCGUGGCAGCCCGGAGCUGCCAGGAGUUGCUGCACAAGGGCUGCGUCCGCUUCCAGCUCCCGGUGUCGGGCUCCCGGCUGUGCUUGUACGAAGAUGGCACGGAGGUGACCGACGACUACUUCCCGGGACUUCCCAACGACGCUGAACUCCUGCUGCUCACUGCUGGCCAGAACUGGCAAGGCUAUGUGAGUGACAUCACUCGCUUCCUCAGUGUGUUUAAUGAGCCACAUGCCGGGGUCAUCCGGGCUGCACGGCAGCUGCUGUCAGAUGAGCAGGCCCCACUGAGGCAGAAGCUGCUGGCCGACCUUCUGCAUCAUGUCAGCCAGAACAUCACUGCUGAGACCCGGGAGCAGGACCCAUCCUGGUUUGAAGGUUUGGAGUCUCGAUUCAGGAAUAAGUCUGGCUACCUGAGAUAUAGCUGCGAGAGCCGGAUCCGGGGCUACCUGAGAGAGGGAUCCUGUUCAGAGCAGCACCAGCUCGCUUCUUGUACAUCUGGCAGUGCAGACAUGAAUGUCAGUGAGAUGCGGAGUGGAAGGAGACCCUCUCUGGUAAGUGCACACGCCUGUGUGGUGGAUCCAGCGGCUCGAGAAGAAUAUGAGCGGGUCCUUAGCUCCAUGUGCCGGAAGCUCAAGUCUGUGAAGUACAAUGGCAGCUACUUCGACAGAGGUGCAAAGGCCAGCAGCCGCCUCUGUACUCCAGAAGGCUGGUUUUCCUGCCAGGGCCCCUUUGACCUGGAUAGCUGUCUUUCCAAGCACUCCAUCAACCCCUAUGGCAACAGGGAGAGCCGGAUCCUCUUCAGCACCUGGAACCUGGAUCAUAUAAUAGAGAAGAAGCGCACCGUGGUGCCCACGCUGGCUGAAGCAAUCCAGGACGGGCGGGAGGUGAACUGGGAGUACUUCUACAGCCUGCUUUUCACUGCUGAGAACCUGAAGCUGGUGCACAUUGCCUGCCACAAGAAGACCACACACAAGCUGCAGUGUGACCACAGCAGGAUCUACCGGCCCCAGACAGGAUCCAAGAAGAAGAGGCCUGCUCGGAGGCGCCGGUGACACAUGCCAGCCCUCUGUGAGGUGACUGCAGUGGUGACAGGGCUACUAUGCUUACAUUUUGUCACUUAGAAGGUUCUAGAAAAGCCUUUACAAGUCUCUGACAGAUCUGAGUAUCUUCCCAGUUGGCUCCCCAGCCUCUGACAGCCCAGUGUGCAGAGGACAGUGCUGGGUGCUCAUUGUGUCCCUGUGCCAGGGUCUUCAUGCACAUGGCUCCAGGGCUGAACUUGACCACUGUGGAAUGGGGGAUGGUGUUAGUUUGUACCUCAGCUUUUAUGGCCACCAUUUCCACUGCAGUGGCAGCUCUGACUACGUUUCUCUGAAAGAAAUGGUACCUCUGGGGUAAACGUUUGCAUUUCAUAAUGAACAUGGAGAAUGUUCUCUGCCGAACUGUUUAAAAUGGCAGGUGAGAAGCCUUCCAGAUGUCUCCUGGUGAAAUCAGCUGACUGUGGCAUUAUCUUGAGCUAUGUGAAAUGGUUUUUAAUGGGUUAAAUAAUGUCUGUCUGCCAUGAAUCUCAUGACCCAACACUGAUACAUUUAUGGAUGCACAAUUGGAGCAUGUUUAAGCUUUUAUGUGUAGAGAUGGGAAGCUGUUAAAGGCACAGAUGGCUUACCUGUGCAGAGAACGACCCUGAAUUCAUGAAACUCCUGCCUCAUCCUUAGAGCUGGUAUUUGAUAUUAAAUGUGUAUCAGUUUGUGCACAGAGACAGUCUGAGGAAAUGCCACACUGAUAGCAGUAAUCCCGAGGUAUUCAGCAGGAUGAGAUUUGAUCACUAAGUACUAAUUUCCUACACCAUGUUUUUUUAUAGUACUUGAUUUGUUUUGUUUUGUUUUUUUCUUCUGAGAUGGGAUCUCACUAUGUAGCUCUGGCUGGCCUGGAACUCACUAUUAGAUCAGCUUAGCCUUGAACUCACAGAGUUUUGCCUCUGCCUCCUGAGUGCUGGGAUUAAAGAUGUGUGCUACCAUGCUCAGCCUGAGGGUUUUUUUUAAUGAGUAUUUUAUAUGUUUUGUAAUGUUUGGAUUUUUAUAUUUGCCAUAUAAUCAGAAAAACAAUAAAGGGUUUCCAAAAUAGA